AGAAGAAGAACAGGCACUUCUUCCUGUUUACAUUUUUAGUUUUGCCAUUGUGAAAGUGAAGUUGUUAGCUGGAGGUGGACCUUCAGGAAAAGCUCGCAGGAAUGUGAGCUGCAAGACCCAACAGGCUGGUCCACACGGAAAUGGACGAGAUAAGUCCUUUGUUGGGCAACCAGAUUUCUGGGCAACCUCAGGAGGACCCAGACCUUCUGUCUCCAAACCUGAGGCCACGACACCAGGAGUUGAUCCCGACACCAUGUGGACCGAUAAAGCCCUGGUCAGAGCUGUCAUGUUUGCUCAAGCUCUACUUCUGCUUCACCAUAACGUCUCUGCUGGCGCUGCUCAGCCUCACCAUACACAGCAUCUACAAGCAGCACAUAGGCAUGGAUUUGCCUGAUGAGGAGGACAACUUAACUGUAUCUCUCAUCCAGUUGGUUGGGAUAUUGUUCUGCAUCUACUACAUCAUCCGGGGCGUGUUGCAGGAGAACAGACAGGAGCUGGUGGUGUUUGUCCUCAGCGUGUUGGGGGUGAUGGUUCGAUCGGUGGUCAACUUCGCUGUUUUGGAGUCAAAGGACAAGCAGGAGCUGCUGGUUCGUUUUGUGUGCAUCAUGUGUUUUGGCGUGAUCCACGUCUUCUGCACCACGCUGCUCAUCCAGAGGCCCAACAUGAUGGCGUUCCGUGUGGGCGGGGCCUUGGAGAGCCUCCAGGAGCAAUACUUCCUCCUCAACCUGUGUUUCUCCAUGGUGACCUUUGACCUUCAGGCUCAGUUGUGUCUGUGUAUCCUGAUCACAGCGUUGGACUUGACCAUGUCUACUGUCAACACCAUUAUCCUGGGAAUCGGAGUGGUUUGGGCCUGCCUGACCGCCGUUAUCGGGGCUGUUGCGGUUUUAAAGGAAGCCAAGGUCUUAGUUUGGGUCUUCAUGGGGCAGAACAUUCCUCAACUAGCCUUCUUUGUUUACCUGGUGUACACGGUGGUAGUAAAAUGGUAUGAGGACAACACGUACACCCUGGAGGCAGCUGCCGUCACCGGAGCUUUGAUUUCACUGGUUAUUAAAGCGGUUUUAAUCUGGGGCCUCAUCAGACUGGUGCACAGCUCCGUUCAAGGCCUGAGGGAGAGGAUGUUUGCACCCAGCAAGUGAUAAAACACAUCCGGUGGUCGUGGACCAAGGACACAGCUGCAUGCUGAGGAGCCUACGUUAAGAAGCUUUAGCACUUUGCUGCUGACUAUGGAGCUCACAUUUAUACCUAACAUCAACUCCACCAAGUCAGUCAGCUGAUAUCUUUUUUUAAGCCUAAUGUGCCGUUUACUGUAUAUGUGUGCCUAUCUACUGAUGUAAAGCAUCACAACUGAAACUACAUCAAAUGCCUUUGUAGAUUGGAUUUAUGUUUUUUUUAUUAUUUAGUUUUUACUGUAAUAUGCAUUGUAAUAUGUUAAUCCAUACAGUUUGUGGACACCAAAAGUAUUGUCCAACAUCCUCCAUUUCAAAAGGAGCUUUUAUCUUACAAAAGGUACUCUGUCCUUUCCUUACAUUCAGUGUUGACUUGGCUUUUUGAAAUCGUAAUUGUCUAAACUUGAAUCUUGUGAUCUGCAUUGUACACUGGAAUAUUUUUUACUUACCUUUCUGCAGCACCUUAAUACAUUUACUCAAGUGUUUGUUUUUAUUCAAGUUUCUGUAAAAAAAUGAGAUUGAUGUUUUGAUUUGUUGCACAAUAAGAAGAAUGAGAAGGAAGUUA